AUCCUAACAAAUUACUACGUAUAAAUUUGCGAUUGUCGCAAGAGUAUUGACCCCGUAAUCUUCUCUCUUUUUAUUUAGCCACUGGUUGAAUGAUGUAUCGCUACCGAACCACUAUUUAGAUCAGCAGCACCCUCGAAUUGACGUGUCCAGAUCUGACUGCAUUCUCUCAAUCACUGCGCCGUCAAUCUAGCCACGUUCUUCCUCACCAAUCCCUAGAUCUCUAAAAUCGAAAGCUAUUGAAAUGGCGAGACUUCACAAACUCGCAUUCGUGGCUCUCGUAACGCUUAUGCUAGUACAACUCACUGUAUCUGCAGAUCUACCUGAGAUCUCACCGAGUCCGGCUCCUAAACUCCCCGAAGGACCGGUUUCCCCUCCUCCUGACGCCGGAUCUCCGUCAAAUCCCUCGCCUUCGCCGGAUUUCAGUUCUCCUCCGUCGCCUCCGCCUUCCGAUAGCGCUCCUGGUUCGUCCCCCACGCCAUCGCCGACGAACACUACGUCUACUCCGGCUCCUGCUCCGACCAAUGCAAGCGAUGUCAUUAAGAGUGAUGUGAAUGCGAAUGCGAAUGCCGAGGAAUCGAAGGAGUCUUCCGGUGGACUGAAAGUUGGACAGAAGGCUGGAAUUGCCCUGGGAGUCAUCGUCGGCGCUGGCGUCGUCGUAGUCGGAAUCGUAGUGUACAAGAAACGGCAGCAGAACAUCCAACGGUCUCAGUUCGGGUACGCCGCAAGGAGAGAGAUACUGUAGGUAUAUAUAUAUCUAUAGUCUAUAUAUAUAUAUCUAGAUCUGUUUUUACAAUUCGAUUAUAGUAUAGAUUUGUUAUACUAUGGAUUUGGGAUGGUGAUUGGUUUGAUUCUUUAGUCGUAUUAAUUUUGAAUAAUCAAUUACCUUUUUUUUAAA